GAUCAUAAACUAUUCAAUAGAAUCUAAUAUGAUGAAUGAAUCAAGAAUAUCUUCAAGAGUUAAUCAACGAAAUGGGAAAUUAUGUCAUCAUUUUAAUGAAAUAGAAAAAGAUUAUUCAAUACAUGAUCUAACAGAUGAUGAUGAUGAUGAUGAUACUGCUGCUGCUGCUGCUUGAUGAUGAUGAUGAUGAUGAUCAUAACCAUGAUAGUCAUCAUUCAAUAUCAUAUUCAGAGGAUGAAUCUACUUCGAAAUCAAUCUAUACAAACUCUUCUAGGAAAUCUAAUUUCUCUCAAUUCUUAUUUCAUAAGGCAUUAAAUCUUUCAAAAAAACUUAAAUAUUAUAUCAUGCAUAGUAUUACAUUAUUUCAUGAAGAUUUAUAUGGUUUAUCAUGGUCAGAAGUAAAUGAUCGAUUACAAUCCACUUAUGGAUUAUCUAUUAAUACCAAUAUGAAUAUCUCAUCUAAGAAUGAUAGAACAUUACGUCAUUUUAGUACAUCUAUAUUACCAAAUGAUUGUACUACUACCAAUACUACUAAUACUAAUACUACCCCUGUGAAUAGAAUGCCACGUAGAUAUUCAGAAAGACAUUCAUUACAGAAACAUUCAAGACUUUAUCAAUUAGAUAAACCAUAUUAUAUACAAUGUAAAUUCAUUGAAUCAAAUAUAACUCUAUAUAAUAAUAAUAAUACAAUAGGUACUACAAACAAUCCAAUGUAUAUGGAUUAUGAUUUAAAAAAGAAUAAUUUGCCAAAAAAUCAAUAUCCAAUCGAUAAAAUCAAUAAACAAUUCAUCAUUAAUGAUCAUGAUCCAUUAUUCAUGAAUCAUUGUUGUCAUAGUAACAAUCAUGAUUUAAAUUUAUUAACAUUUAAAAAGAAUGAUAAACAUAGAAUUGAAUAUAAAGAUGUAAAACAAAUAGAAACAACAAUUAAUGUAUUAAAUGAUCAUCAUCAUUAUCAUUAUCAUCAUCAUAGAGAUUAUCAACCAUUAAAGGAUAUAAAACAUUGGUUGAUACAUUUAAAAGAAAGACAACGAAAAACUUCCAUGGAAUUAAAAGUACUAAGUAAUGAUAAUAAUACUAAUAGACGAAUUCAUAAAUCCCUAUCUCAUUGAUCGAUGUUCUAUGUAAAACCAUGAUGAUGAUGAUGAUUCGCAUGAUUCGGAUGACGAUGAUGAUGAUGAUGGUCAAACUCAUCUGAAUAUAUUGUACAGUGAUCUUCCGUGAUAUUUGUUCAUAUGAAAUAAAAGAUCUUUGAUAUAUA